AUGAAUGAUGAGUAUCCACCAGAUCUCGCAGGCGAUUCGUCGAUGAGCACUGCUGCUUUGGAAGAAGACAUGGAUACUCUCAUGUCUGACUUCGAUAUGCCACAUGGAAUCAGUGCAAACACUUCCAGCCAUUCCUCGGCAUCUCCAUCGUUUGUGACACCAUCAUUCAAGUCGGUCUCAGCCACUUUUCAAGGCGAGCCUUUCGGACCUGACCAUAUCGCUCCUGCCUUCGAUCCUCUUCACCAACUGAUGGAGCCAGCGCCGAUCUUCCAAUCAAUGGAGGAUGCUUCCUAUCGUAGCGUCUCGCCUUCUGAUGCUAGUAGUACCUGCACCAACAAAAGCGCCGCAGAAUUGGACCAGUUGUGCAAAGAAGGUAUUGAGAAGCUACGAGAAUCCAUGAAGCGCUCGUCGGCAACCAGACAAGCGGUCAUGCGACAACGGCAAGCUCUCAGAUUCUAA